AUGGCCAAACAAUUUGCCCUGAGCUUAUUGCUCGCUUUGGCGACAGCAUCGCCGACGUCUUCUCUUCGUGAGCGCGAGCUCAAGAAGCGUGCCACUACGCUUAUUCCAGACACCAGCUUCAGCUCUCAGGAGACCUUUGAGUCUUACUUUUCCUACAACUACCCAUGGGGAGACACACACAAUGGUGCUGCUUUGAUGCAGGAAUCGCAAGUUACCAUCAUCCAUGACGCAUAUUUGCAGCUACAAUCCAACUACACCGGGCCGCAGGCGGAUGAUAGCAGCCUCACCUAUGUCUCGGGCACCGUUUAUGCCAAGCAGACAUUCGCAGUCGAGGCGGGCGGUGGACUGGACUUUCAAGCAAACUUUGUCGCGCCCGUCGCCGAGGGCUGCUGGCCCGCCUUUUGGCUAACCGCCACCGAGGGUUGGCCGCCAGAGAUUGACCUGGCCGAGUGGAAGGGCACCGGCAAGAUCUCGUUCAACACCUUCAACACGAGCUCCGAGGUGGCCGCCACGGACGUGACGUACCCGACCCCCACGACGGCUUGGCACACCAUCCUGGUCGAGCUGCGUGCAGAGGACGAUGGGACCACGGUCAAGGCCAACUUUUACAUGAAUGGCGAGCUCAUCACUACUCAGUAUGGCAACGACUAUGUCGGUGCUGGGUUCUACCUCAUCAUUGACUAUCAAAUGUUGGGCAGCAGUGGAAGUAGUGGGCCUACUGACACGACCUACUUUGAUGUGCAGUACCUAAGUGUUGUUAGCUACAAUCCAUAG